AUGGUGAUGUCCUGGCUUCUAAACUCCAUUGACCGGUCAUUUGCAAGCACGAUCCUCUAUGCUGCUACUGCUUCUACGAUGUGGUCUGAUCUUAAGGCCCGCUUCUCCUCUUCCAACGAACCCCGUAUCUAUGAAUUAGAGCGUCGUCUAGCGACCAUCACACAAGGCAAUGAUUGGGUCACUCAAUAUUUCAACAAGCUUCGUGGUAAUUGGGAUGAAUUGGCUGCAAUUGACCCUCCCCCAUCUUUCUCUUGUAUGGAAUGCACUUGUGGAGCAAAAGACGCAUAUCACUCUCAACUCGAGAAGCGUCGGUUGAUGCAGUUCCUUAUGGGGUUAAAUGAACUUUUUUAG